UGAACCAACGAGUGUAGAAAGUUUGAACAUAACUGAAGAUUACGUUAAUGAUGAAUAUGAAGACAUAGCUUGGUUUAGUUUAACGGAUAUGGAAAUCUUAAUAGCUAACUGUUUUGAAAGUGAAGAAUAUAGUCGUGUGCGUUUUUCAGGGACUUUGAAGUUUGAUGAAGAUUUUGUCAAUAAUGUGCCUAGCGAAAAUCAAGAGAGUGACAAAGAAGUUACUUAUCGUUUUGUAAGUGAAGUUGAAAGUGUAAGUGAUAAUAUAGAAUUAAAUAUUUAUAACCAGAAUGAAUUGAUUGAAUUUAGAAAAGCUGAGCUAGAGGAGGAUAAAAAAGUGUUUGAAUCUUUAAUAACUAUCGUUUCAGAAAAUAUUCAAAACGAUCAUUUUUAUGAUGUAUAUGUAAAACUGAAACGAACCUUAAUCUCUGAAACAGUAGCCUGUCAGGAGGCUUUAAGAGCUAGAAGGCAACAAAAAACCUGGGACCCUCCUCGUGGAUCAAAACUUGCCUUCUGGUUGCAAUAA